UAAAACUCUCCUCGCGUGUCUCUGGUCUGUCCCCGCUCCUCCUCCUCCUCACAUUCACCUUCCUCACCGAGCUGAACACCAGCCAAUGCUUCACACCACCCCUGCCCUGGGUGUCUGUCCCCUGCGUGGGAAGCACAACAAAAUCAAGGGCUUCACUUGAGAGGGUCCAAAGGAGCGACAAAAAGGGGACAAUCGUUGCAUUAUUUAUUUUUUUAUUUUUUUGGUACACUCUCCCAUCGGACGAGGUGCUCUGACUUCAGCGAAAAUCUCAGCUCAUACCGUUUUGUCACGGAGGACAGAAGGACGACCGCGUGGAGAUAUGAAUGAGUCGCUGGUGGUGAACGACUCCUCUGCGACCCCCGUGGCCGGAGAAGCCCUGCCAUGGAUGGAGGCUGACUCUCCAGAGCACAACAGCAGUCUGGAGUUCUCCACCGCCCCGUUAGAAUUCCCCAUCAACCCGUGGGACAUUAUGCUCUGUAUGUCAGGCACUGUCAUCGCCUGUGAAAACGCCAUAGUAGUAGCAAUCAUCUUCUACACGCCGACACUACGGACUCCCAUGUUUGCGCUGAUUGGGAGCCUGGCCACAGCGGACCUGCUGGCCGGCAUGGGAUUAAUCCUGAACUUUGUGUUUCAGUAUGUGAUCUCCUCUGAGACUAUCAGCCUUAUCACUGUAGGCUUCCUGGUGGCGUCCUUCACUGCGUCCAUCAGCAGCCUUUUGGCCAUAACAGUGGACCGUUACUUCUCCCUCUACAACGCUCUGACGUACUUCUCAGAGAAGACGCUUCAGUACGUGCACCUGAUGUUACUCGGGACCUGGGGGGUGUCUCUGUUCCUGGGCUUGCUGCCGGUGCUCGGCUGGAACUGCCUGGACGAGCCGGCCUCCUGCAGCAUCGUUCGCCCUUUGACCCGGAGCAACGUCACGCUCCUGGCCACCUCCUUCUUCGCCAUCUUCGUGCUCAUGCUGACCCUCUACUUUAAGAUUUGUAAGAUCGUGUGCCACCACGCCCACCAAAUCGCCCUCCAGCAGCACUUUUUUGCCACCUCGCAUUACGUGGCCACUAAGAAGGGGGUCUCCACUUUGGCCAUCAUCUUGGGGACAUUUGGCGCAAGCUGGCUGCCCUUCGCCAUCUACUGCCUGGUAGGCGAGCGAGACUAUCCAUCAGUGUACACCUAUGCUACACUGCUGCCAGCCACCUACAACUCCAUGAUCAACCCCAUCAUCUACGCCUACAGAAACGCAGAGAUCCAGCGCUCCAUCUAUAUGCUUCUCUGUGGCUGCUUUCAGGCCAACAAGGCCUACAGGUCCAGGUCACCAAGUGAAGUCUAAAAAGGUGCAAGGGCUCUUUUUUUUGUGUGUGCAAGAAAAGAGAGAGCAAAAAGACUAACCAUCCUGUGACCGUUGACAAUCUGCUUACAAUUGACAUUGAAUGCUUUACAAACACAAAGCGGGUGUGAUGCUAGAAACGUGUUUCUCAUGCAUACUGUAUCUGCACUUUACUAUGUCUCAACACAAGUUAGGAUGAGAUUAUGGACAUGCUGUGAACAAGAAACUAAUGUGAAAAAGACAAAACAAACCUGUGAAUGUACUUAAAUGAGAAAAGGAAUGGAAAAUCUUGCACUUUAGUCCGUGUUUUUUGAAAUGCCAAAGCAGUAUUGUAAAGCCCUUAUUGUGUUUAAACGUUUGAACCUGUGAGUACCGUGUGCCAUUUUUCUAUUUUGUAUGGUAUUGUCUUUGAUGUACAUUUUCUACACGAGGAAUAAAAUCCAGCUGUGGCUCCA